CCGGCCCCGCCCGCCCGGCCCCGGGGAGGGAUGCGGCGGCGCGGCGCCCAGGAUGCCCCGCAGCCCCGGGACGCGCCUCAAACCCGCCAAGUACAUCCCGGUGGCCACGGCCGCCGGGCUGCUGGUCGGUUCCAGCACUCUCUUCUUCGUGUUCACGUGCCCAUGGUUGACACGCGCUGUGUCCCCAGCUGUUCCUGUCUACAAUGGCAUCAUCUUCCUGUUCGUGCUGGCCAACUUCAGCAUGGCCACCUUCAUGGACCCUGGUGUCUUCCCCCGAGCGGACGAGGACGAGGACAAGGAGGAUGACUUCCGGGCUCCACUGUACAAGAAUGUGGACGUGCGCGGCAUCCAGGUCCGCAUGAAGUGGUGUGCCACGUGCCACUUCUACCGCCCGCCACGCUGUUCCCACUGCAGCGUCUGUGACAACUGCGUGGAGGACUUUGACCACCACUGCCCCUGGGUCAAUAACUGCAUUGGGCGCCGCAACUACCGCUACUUCUUCUUGUUCCUGCUGUCGCUCAGUGCACACAUGGUGGGCGUCGUGGCCUUUGGCCUGGUCUAUGUGCUGAACCACGCCGAGGGGCUGGGAGCUGCUCACACCACCAUCACCAUGGCUGUCAUGUGUGUGGCCGGCCUCUUCUUCAUCCCUGUCAUUGGCCUCACUGGCUUCCACGUCGUGCUGGUCACUAGGGGACGCACCACCAAUGAGCAGGUGACGGGGAAGUUCCGCGGGGGUGUGAACCCCUUUACCCGAGGCUGCUGUGGGAACGUGGAGCACGUGCUAUGCAGCCCCCUGGCUCCCCGGUAUGUGGUGGAGCCUCCCCAGCUGCCCCUGGCUGUGAGCCUGAAGCCACCCUUUCUCCGGCCUGAGCUCCUGGAGCGAGCAGCACCGCUCAAGGUCAAGCUCAGUGACAAUGGGCUGAAGGCCAGCCUGAGCCGCAGCAAGUCCAAGGGCAGCCUGGACCGACUGGACGAGAAGCCACUGGACCUGGGGCCACCCCUGCCCCCCAAGUUAGAUGCCAGCACGUUCAGCAGUGACCUACAGACACCACGCCCCGGCAGUGCUGAGAGUGCCCUGUCAGUGCAGAGGACCAGCCCCCCGACGCCUGCCAUGUAUAAGUUUCGGCCAGCCUUCUCCACGGGGCCCAAGUCUCCCUUCUGUGGACCAGGCGAGCAGGUCCCAGGCCCUGACUCCCUGACCCUGGGGGAUGACAGCAUCCACAGCCUGGACUUUGUGUCCGAGCCCAGCCUGGACCUCCCUGACUAUGGGCCCAGCAGUCUGCAUGCAGCCUAUCCACCAUCCCCACCACUCAGCGCCUCUGACGCCUUCUCGGGUGCCCUGCGUUCCCUGAGCCUCAAGGCUGCAGGCCGGCGGGGUGGGGACCAUGUUGCCCUGCAGCCUUUGCGCUCAGAGGGUGGGCCCCUCCCACCCCACCGUGGCAUCUUCGCCCCCCAUGCACUGCCGAACCGCAAUGGCAGCCUGUCCUAUGACAGCCUGCUCAACCCUGGCUCUCCCGGCAGCCACGCCUGCCCAGCCCACCCUUCUGUUGUCAGUGCGGCUGGCUACCGCUCACCCUACCUGCACCCUGGGGCGGUGGGCGACCCACCACGGGCUCCACCCUGCAGCUUCAGCCCUGUUCUGGGCCCCAGGCCACGGGAACCUUCACCCGUGCGCUACGACAACCUGUCCAGGACCAUCAUGGCAUCCAUCCAGGAGCGCAAGGACAGGGAAGAGCGGGAGCGGCUGCUUCGCUCUCAGGCUGACUCGCUCUUCGGAGACUCGGGCGUCUAUGACGCGCCCAGCUCCUACAGCCUGCAGCAGGCCAGUGUGCUGUCUGAGGGCCCCUGUGGGCCUGUGCUGCACUAUGGCUCCAGGGAUGACCUCAUGGCGGGGCCUGGCUUUGGAGGUGCUCGCAAUCCCGCCCUGCAGACCUCUCUGUCCUCGCUGUCGAGCUCCCUGAGCCGGGCGCCACGGACGUCCUCCUCCUCCCUGCAGGCCGACCCGGCCAACAGCACUGCAGGGACCCGGCCCAGCAGUGGUUCACACAGGUCGCCCUCACGCCAGGGCUUGCCUUCCCCACCUGGCACUCCCCGCUCACCUUCCUUCCUGGGCCCCAAAGCUGUCGCCUUCAUCCACACGGACCUCCCGGAGCCACCUCCCUCACUGGCCAUGCAAAGGGACCACCCUCAGCUGAAGACCCCCCCAAGUAAGCUUAACGGGCAGUCCCUAGGCCUGGCCCGGCUGGGGCCUGCCUCUGGCACCCUGGGGCCCUCCGCCAGCCCUGCCCGGCACACGCUGGUUAAGAAGGUAUCCGGCGUGGGUGGGACCACGUAUGAGAUCUCAGUGUGAGGACUGACCACCACCCAUCAGCUGUGGCGCCACAGGGACCAGGACCCCCAGCGGCCCUCCCCCCAUCGACUUCUCUACCCCAGGGACAGCAGGCCACCUCGGCCAGUGUGGACGCAUCAGCAGGAGAGACCACCACGCCUCCACAGCUUGUCCCAAGCCCUCCAUCUGUCCAUCCACUCGUCUGUUCUUGGGGAAGGCGGGAUCCCGGCCCUGGCUGGGCUAAGGGUCACUGGGCCACAGGGCUGUGUAUCUAGGCCCUGUCCCACAGCUGCAGCAGCAAGGGAGCCCCAGACUACAUCUGCAGGGCCCCUUCUUGCUCAGGCUCUGCCUGCACUCCAUCACCUGUGUACCCCAGGCUAUAGCCAGGCCAGUUCCUGAUGUCCUAAGGACCCACACUCUUCCCUUACAGAUGGGUCCCUGAGGCCAAGAGGCAUACAGAAGCUCCAAGGCCCCCCUGCCACCCUCCUGGCACAGCCUGUGGGCUCUGGGACCCAAGGCCCUGCUGGGCUGCUCCUAACACGUUGCCUUUCACAAACCCCGAUGGAAACUUGUAGCUUGGCAAGGAUGGUGCUUCUUGAGUCCAGCCCAGUCUACUCUGGGUUGUGGCAGACAGGUGGACAGAUGGCCAGCCAACCAGCUAGCUGUGUUGGGGGGGUCCCAGCUCCAUGUGUCCCGUCUCGCCCGGCCAGUGGGCUCGUGUCCCCAUGUCUGUGUGCUGAGCCGCUAUGCUGUGUCUGACGUGUUAGCACUCUGGCCACUGCUGCCCCUUUCAUUGAAGCCUUAACCUCUGCUUUAUGCUCUUGUGGGAGGCCACAGAGGGCAGGUGGGAGCAGGUGUAGGGAGAUGCUACCGCAGGGGUGAGUGACACCUGGAACCCUCUCCCUAGCCCUCAGGCCCUCCCUGCCAGACUGGAUAGUUUCCACCCCCGGCAUGCCUCGAGCCCCCAGCCCUGGCCCAGCGGCAGCACACGCCGCAUGGAAAGCACAUCGGGGAGGGGUCAGUGCUUCCCCUGGAGUUGGGGACCUGAGAGUAAGCACACGACAGCACCUGCUUGCGUUGUGUCUGUUUUAUGUUUUUAUAUCUACAUCUAUAUAUCUAUAAUUUUAUUAAAAAAAAGAA